AUGUACAACGGUGGUAUUUUCAUUUUUGGCGCUAAAACGUUUCACAAAGAAAGGAGGCGGGAUGCCAUUUCUGCUUUGCCGUUGGAAAUGUCUUGGAAAAUAUUUUCUUACUUGGACGACACAUCAUUGCAAAUUGCAAGUCGCACGCACAAAACAUGGGCGCGCAUUAUUACGUCCAACAAAAAAUUAAGAAAUCGACUGAAUAAAUUCGAACUGGCAAUUAAACUGGGUUCAGCCAGCUUGGCGAAGUUCUAUAGAAGAAAUAAAAGAAAACUGCGUGCCCAGAAGGGGAAAAAUUAUUUGCCUCUUUGCAAAACAACGGUUACUACUACAGAAAAAACAAUAUUGAAGACAAAGAGACCAGGAGACGAAUUUGUUGUCUACACAAAAAGAUUUAAACUUUACUGACUAAAUAUUGAUAAGAAUAAAACUGGACAUUUAAAGCUGACAUUCAAUAAUAAUA